CACUUAGCUUUCCGUUCACAUCACACUUGAAUUCCUCGCUUUUGCUCGGAAAAACAAAGACUCUCACACAAGAUAUAUAUUCACACACACACACACACACACACACACACACACACAUAUAUAUAUAUAAUUGGAAUAAGAAGCUCAAGCAUUCAAGGUUUCUCUCAUAUUCUUUCUUCUACCAUUUCCUUCAGAUUAUUCUCUAUUACCAGGUACGGACUAGAGGAGCAACGCUAUUGUUUUUUUUUUAUUUACAUUUUUUUGAUCACUUGGUUUUCUUACGAUAUCAAAACUUUGAUUCAGUUUAUGUUCAUUUUGUAUAUUGUAACUUGGUGGUUCGGACUGGUGGAUUAUAAUAAGACCUGUGUUUAAUGAGCUUAAUCAAAGUUUGAAAUUUGGCUUGUGUUUUUAUCAUAAAACCCCAUCAAACUGAUUGAGCUUACAACAGCAACCAAGUCAUAUUGUACUAAGUGAGGUUGGCUGUAUGAGUUCUAUCACUUAUUGCUUUGGUUAGACAAUGGAUUUCGAAACGAAGAAUAAUAGUUUUGCAGUUUCAUAUAUUUUGUUGGUAAUAUUAUGUAAUCUAUUAUUUGUAAUUGAUGAUUAAGCAAUGUGUAAAUCUUCGCUCUGUUUCUUUAUUUUAUUUUAUUUUUUUUGUAUUUUAUUUUUUUCUCUUUCUAUAUAACUUGUUAAAAUUUGAUGUUUGUUCUGAUGGAACUGGAUCUUUUGACUCUAAGAAAUAUCAAGGGUAACAUUUUGGUUGCCCAAACCGGUUUGGAAGAUUUGUUUUCGGCUAAAUGUAUUCGGGUUUUCGUAGGAUCUUCACACCAUAUGGUACCGUGUUUGUGUAUUUGUACAUGUUCACCUCUUUGUGGUGUCUAAAGAGUAAGUCAAAGUGGAUCGUCCUUUUAUAAAGUUUUAGAUCAUGGCCAGGGAAUUGUUCUAUUUAUAAAAUUUAGACUAUGGCAGAGGUAUUGUCCUAUUAUAAAACUGACUAUGACACGGGCAUCAACUAUACAUAUAAAUGAAAUUGUACCAAGUAUUAUAAAGGUUGUUGGUUGUAUGACCUGGGUAUAAUAUGUGCAUUAGUUCAUUUGGGUUAUGAUCAGGUUAUAGUGGGUUGAUAAAUCAGGUUGGGCAUGGACAGACAACGGAUCAAUCCAACCCAAUCCAAUAUAUGACCGAGUUAAAGUUGGGUUGGGUUGGACUGCAUUAUAACUAUAUAAAAAAACCCGCUUGUUAGAAUUUAAAUUCAAGUUGGACAUAGACAAAUUCGGAUUGACCUACCCUCUAGUCCAAACAAGCAAGAAAAGAUUGUUUUAGUAAAUAUGUAUAUUCCAUAAAUAAAAAAAGUAAAUACGUAUUUCCUAUGAGACUACAGUAAAUAGUUUCCUAAAACAGGUUACUACUGGUGCGUUGUGGCCAUUGAGAAAUAAAAAAACAUUAGUGCUAAUUGUGCAAUAAGCGUGUUAAUCGUGCAGCUCACGCACUUUAAUCCUGCUAUAUAUGGACUUUGAACGUGUAAUGACCCUGUGAAAUUACAUUAUUUAUUAACGUGGCCAUGGCAUUAAUCCUACUUGGCAAUGCACCCUGAAAUUAGUCGUCCACAUUUUGCCAGUCGGGACCAUAAGCACGAGCAAGGCACUCGCAUUUGUGCGCAGAGCCGCUCGACGGCAGUAAUUGCCACAUGCGCACUAAAUUUGUACAGUUUUGUGCGUUUAAAAGCUGGCCGCCGCCACCACUUCUGUCACUGUCUGUUUUUGAAGAACCUAGUCGUCAUGGAUCCCGAGAAAAUUGCUCAUGGGACUUUGUCGGAACAAGAAGAAGAAGUUUGCCCAACCGCUAUAGAAGAGGUGGCGUUGGUGGUGCCGGAAACUGACGACCCAACCCUACCGGUGAUGACAUUCCGGGCGGUUUUCCUCGGCAUAUCGACAUGCACUCUAUUGAUCGUUCUCAACACAUUCUUCUCAUUCCGUACGCAGCCGCUGACCAUUGCCCCCAUCUUAAUGCAAAUCAUCAUUUUACCCUUGGGAAAGUUGAUGGCUUCCACUCUCCCGACGCGGGAGUACAACCUCCCCCUCCUGAAUUGGAAGUUCACCCUGAAUCCUGGGCCGUUCAACAUGAAGGAGCACGUAAUCGCCACCAUCUUCGCCAACUGCGGGUUUUCUCCCGGUGGAGGUGACGCCUAUCCUAUCGGAGCCAUUACUGCUAUGAAAUUGUAUUACAAGCAGAGCGUGACUUUUCUUUGCGCCCUCUUCAUGGAAUUAACCAUAAAGAUAUUGGGAUAUGGGUGGGCCGGAAUACUUAGGAAGUACCUGGUUGACCCUAUGGAGAUGUGGUGGCCUUCCAACCUCGCUCAGGUUUCUCUGUUCAGAGCACUGCAUGAAAAGGACCACGGAUCCAAAGGCCUUACACGGAUGAAGUUUUUCCUCAUAGCCUUGGCAGCGAGCUUCACCUAUUACGCACUCCCUGGUUAUCUGUUCCGGAUAUUGACAUUCUUCUCUUGGGUGUGUUGGGCUUGGCCGCACAAUGUCACGGCUCAACAGAUCGGCUCAGGUUACCAUGGACUCGGAGUUGGCACCUUCUCCUUUGACUGGGCUGGGAUUUCAGCUUAUCACGGCAGCCCCCUCGUUGCACCUUGGUCUUCCAUUCUCAACACUGGCAUCGGAUUUGUCUUGUUCAUCUAUGUCAUUGUCCCUAUUUGUUAUUGGAGGUUUAACACAUUCAAUGCUAGAAAAUUCCCCAUAUUUUCCAAUGAUCUCUUCACCUCCAGUGGACAAAAAUAUGAUACUGAACGGGUACUAACACCCCAGUAUGAUCUUAACAUUGAUGCCUACAACAGUUAUGGCAAGCUCUAUCUUAGCCCUCUUUUCGCUUUAUCCCUCGGAAUAGGAUUUGCAAGAUUCACAGCAACCCUUAGUCAUGUGGCACUGUUUCAUGGCGGUGCUGUGUUAGCACGAAGCAGAUCAGCGAUGAAGAAUGUGAAAGUGGAUAUCCAUGAAAAACUGAUGAAACGUUACAAAAAAGUACCUCAGUGGUGGUUCCUCGUUUUGUUUAUAGUGAGUGUUCCAUUGUCCCUAUUAACGGCUUUUAUAUGGAAAGACGUUGUGCAGCUGCCUUGGUGGGGGAUGCUAUUUGGCUUUGCCUUGUCUUUCAUUAUCACCCUCCCAAUUGGUGUCAUUCUAGCAACCACCAACCAACAACCUGGAUUUGACAUCAUAUUUCAAUUCAUUAUGGGGUAUAUGCUACCAGGAAAACCCAUUGCAAACAUAGUUUUCAAAUUCUAUGGACGAAUCACCACCGUCCAAGCUCUAUCUUUCUUAGCUGACCUUAAACUUGGGCAUUACAUGAAGAUUCCACCUCGCUCCAUGUUCAUAGCUCAGCUAGUGGGAACUCUGGUUGCCGGUACUGUCAACCUUGCAGUUGCAUGGUGGAUGAUGGAAGGUAUCAAGAACAUAUGCGACAUUGAAGGGCUUAAUCCUAACAGCCCAUGGACUUGCCCGAAACACAAAUUCACCUUUAGUGUUUCUAUUCUAUGGGGCCUUAUUGGACCAAGGCGACUAUUUGGACCUGGAGGAUUGUACAGAAACUUGUUAUGGUUAUUUCUUGUUGGAGCUAUUUUGCCAGUUCCCAUUUGGAUAUUGACCAAAAGAUUCCCAGAAAAGAAGUGGAUUUCAUUGAUAAAUAUCCCAGUCAUUACUUAUGGUUGUGCUGGGAUGCCGCCAGCUACUCCCACUAAUAUAGCAAGUUGGCUUGUCACUGGAACCAUCUUCAACUAUUUCGUGUUCAGAUAUCGUAAACGCUGGUGGCAAAAGUACAAUUAUAUUCUAUCUGCAGCAUUGGAUGCUGGCACAGCUUUCAUGGGUAUCCUAAUCUUUUUUGCCUUUGAGAAUCGACACAAAAGUAUUGACUGGUGGGGCUCUGAACUUGACCACUGUCCUCUUGCAACAUGCCCUACUGCACCUGGUAUUGUGGUUAAAGGAUGUCCAGUUAUUUGAAAAUAUAGCUAGUUUUGUAUCAUGUUUAUGUUUCUGUUGUCUGUUAAGUUAGUAGUAGUAAAAUAUGAUCAUUUCUUUAUUUAGGUAUAAUUUGGCAACUGUUAGCCUUUCCAAUGUGUUGGUUUUGUCUAUUGAGAUUAUGAUUUGUUUAUCACAACUAAAUUUUAGUGUAUUGCUUAUCAUCUCUUCUAUAACAUAUUAAAAAAUCACCAUUAUCCGAUC